AUGCCACACCCCAUUAACCUUCCCCCGCCACCUUCCUCGGUCUCGGAUGACGACCUCUACCGGGCCAUCGAGUCUACGAUGGGUGCCGAGAGCACCAUCUUGUCUACCGAUCUCCCUGACCUCUUCAGCAAGAUUCAUCAGGACCGUCGCGGACUCGCGGUUCUGAACGACUCGCAGCUGAAACAACUCCGAGAGGUCGUCAACUCUGAUGCGUACUCGACGGUGACAAUGUCGCGGGAAGAAGUGUUCCAGAUGCUCAAGCACCUACGUGGGCAUUCCGCCACUCCGCCACCACCCGCCGACGUCGCCACGCCAACUGCAAACAAGCACCAAAGACGUAGAUCCACCAGAAUCCGGUCCUCGUCGGAUUCUUCGUCGACUGAGGAGGACGAGCAGACGCCAUCCCGCUCCUCGUCAUCCUCCACCGGCAAGCGUGCAAUUCACCGCAGGUCCUUCCCUGAUGACUCCUCAACCUACAUGCUUCCCUCCACAAUUGCAACCUCACCUGAUGGAGCGCUCCCCCCACGCGUCAAGAAGCUGUCCGACGCGUCCAAUAAGUUUGAGCAGCGCAGCCGCGACGACCCACCAAGCUCGUACAUGCCUCUUGGCAGGCGACCAUUACCUCAGAGUCGCCGGAGCUCGGCUCAGUUCAGCGCCAGUGCGCGCAGCGACGACGGCCACACGUCGUCGUCUGACUACACGUAUACGUACGCAAAGACGCAUGGCCGCAGCGUCAGCAGCGCCAGCGUCGUGUCUCCGUCAUCAACGCGCUCUCCGGGAGCUGCGUCGCCGAUAUCGCCAGACCUCGACGGCUAUGGAUCAGACACCGAGGAGGACCGUUGGGGUCAGGUUGACCCGUCGAUGGAGGGUGCCCUCGACAAGAUCAGAGACGCCGACGAGCUGCAGCGCCUCAAGGAAGUUAUUGCGGAGCUUCGGAACCGCAUCAAGUCGCUCGAACACGAACGCGAACUUGCCCAACAAACGCACGAGGACAUGGUGGCCGACAUUGAGACGCGAGGAGAGAACGAGAGGCAAGACCACGACAGCCGCGCCAAGGACCUGCUGGCGCGGACGGAAGCGAAGUACCGAAAGGAGAUCGAGGCAAAGGAGCAAGAGAUCACGGAGAUCAAUGAAGAGCUCGAUGCUCUGUCCGCCAAGCUUGCAGACCUGCAAGCCACUCUCGAUAAUGAGAAGCACAAGUCGGCGGAACUGCGGGACACGGUCGAGGAGCGUGACAUGGACGUUGCGAACUUGCGCAUGGAGCUCGAAAUGUGGGGAGAACAGAAACAACAAGUUGAGGAAGAGCUUGGCCGGCAAAACGCUCAUGCUGCCGAGUUACAGGAGAGGCUCAAUUCCGCACGCGACCUGGAGAGUAGACUCGCGGCGAAGAAGGCCGAGGUCGACUUAUUCAAGUCGACUGUCUCAGACAUGGAACAGCAGCUCGCGGACCUCAGGGGUGGAACGUCGUACGGCGGCAGUGGGAUAAGUUCAGCUGGCCCGGCCACGUUAACUCGUAACGGGGCCAACCAACUGAGCGCCGAGCUCCAGACUCUGGAUCCGGUCAAGACCAAGUUGGUCACCAGGGUCGUCACGAUCACAGAAAGUGACGGUUCUCCGGUGUCAACGUAUAAAGACGCCUCGACGGGGACGGAGCCACUCGACGUUCUCAAUGACCCAGAUUUCGAGGAGGAGCGGGAGGCUCUCCGCCGGGAGGGUGCCGUCCUUGCGGAACCCGCCGGCACCCGGACGCCAGUCCAGUCCUCUUCAACCCUUGAGCAAGAGGCACUGCGCUCUCCACCGGCGUACUCGGCCGCGCCUGGCCCCCUGGAUGCCGACGCUCUGAUCAAGCACAUGCAUCCGCAGGUCACCAAGGGCACGGUGCGGCGCGACGAGGACCUCCAGAAGGCGUAUGACUUGGUAUCCAAGGCGACGGGCAAGCGCUGCCACCUGAUUGAGGAGGAGCUCGAGGCGGACGACAUUAUGCGUGACAAGCCCGACGGCUACGAGGCCAAGCCGAGCAUGGUCGGGCGCGUCCUCCACUGGGCGUCCGCCAUCGGUGUUGCGCACUUUGGAGGCCUCAUUAUACUUACCGUUCUUGCUACGCAAGCAUUUGGUACCCCUCCGCAGCGGGACCCUUACGACUCGUUUGCGUACAACGGCUACGUGUCAUGGUUUGACCACACGGCGGCGAUGGCGCGCGCUGGACGUGUGCCUACGUGA